AAAUAGAAAACUUAAUGCAACUUCAUCUAUCCUUGGGUCAUUGUAUCUUCAAUAAAAGCAGGAAACGUUACAAUUGAACAGCAUGGCGCACAUCACUCAAGCUCAAAAGAUGAAGCUGUGUAACCAUUGUUUAGAUCCUGUGUACAAUUUUUGUCGAAAAUGUCAGAUUGGACUUUGCAAAGUAUGUACAGCCAAUCAUUUUGUACUAAAGCCUUCGGAAGUGCAUGAUAUAAGUCCUUACAAAUACAGAAACGGAAGCCAAAAUUUCUUUCCCCAGUGCGCAUGUCAGUCAGUUGAAAAGCCGACAUUUUACUGCUAUGAUUGUUAUACCUCGUUCUGUAUAGUAUGUGAGGAAAAUCAUCGCUUGCAUAUUUCUGGAUGUAUUUCAGAAAAUAUUCACGUUCUAGUUGAAAUGAUACAAGAACAGAAUUUGGAGCUUCUGAAUAAUAUCAUUCCCAAUUGUCAGUCAAUGAUUGAAACAAUGAAGACAAAUAUAUCUGAACUGCCUGGAAAGUACAAUGGUAUCAGACAGGAAUUGGAGACCCACAGAAAAUUGGUACACAAAGCAAUUGAUGAAAAAUUCAAAAGAGAAUUUGAACGAUUAUCUAAAAUGGAAGUGAAUCAUCAUACAAGACUAUUGGAUCAUCUGGUAAAAUACAGACAAAAAAUACGUCUUUUGCAUAAAACUGUCAAGCGCAAUAAUUUGGUAGUUAGUAACGCUGCAAAGCUCCAGGAAGCAAAUCCAUUAAAGAAGUUUACACCUGUACCCGAAACGUUUCCAGAAUUUGUAGAAUAUAAAAUUCCUUCAUACACUGUAAAUUUAGCAGAUUUAGACAAGAUCCACGAGACUAUUGUUGGUUCCUUACAGGAAAGGGAAAUCGUCGUUUCUUCUGAGACAUUGAAAUAUCAGAGAGUAUUUGGAUUUAAACCAAUGAAGACUCCCGAACAGAUUCAACAGAUUUCCUUAGAAUUCUUUGCUGGAGACAUCGUCUGUGAAAGAGGUGGAACAGUUUGGGUUUGUGGACUUGGGUCCAGGACUAUUAUGCAAUACGAUCUGCUUGGGAGUCCAAGAAAUACACUACCUGUAACAAGUCAGCCCUCUUUCUUGUCCUUGAAUAGUUCAGGGCAUUUAUUUUUCACCGAAUUUCGAGACAGUUCUGUAAAAUCUGUCUCCCACAAAUUGGCACAACCCUUUAUCAAAACAAAAGGGUGGCAACCCCGGGGAAUUCAAUGUGAUGAAAACGACAAUGUUCUCGUUUCUGAGUUCAGUGAAGACCUGAAGCAUUCGAGAAUAGCCAAAUAUGACAGAAACGGAUCUUUGGUAAAUGCCAUAGAAUAUGAUGAGGAAAAGGUGCCUAUUUUUGAAAAUAUUUUGUUCAUUUGUCAAAAUAAAAACGGUGACAUAGGUGCUACUGAGAGGGAAAAAGCGACUGUCACUAUUGUGCGCAAAAAUGGACGGAAGAGAUUUCAAUAUUCUGGGCGCAUCAGAUCGAGUGCCUUCACAGACUUUGGAUUCAGUGGAAUCAGCUCAGACAGUCGCUGCAAUUUUGUCAUUUCGGAUCCUCAUAACUAUACUCUUCAUGUGAUUGACUGGCAAGGAAAAUUUCUGUUUUAUGUCAUGCCAGGGAAAAUCAUUGCUCCAAUGGCGAUUUGUGUUGAUGAAGAAGACAGAGUUUGGGUUUCCGAAGCACGUGGCAUGAUGAAAGUUUUGACGUACAUGGAAUGAAACAUUAUAGCAUAUGCCAGUAUUGAUUUAUCAA